AUGAAGAUGUCAACAAGUGCUGUCAGGAUGCAUACCAUCACUGUUGCUGUAUGCAGCCUGCUGCUGGUUGCCCAAGGGCAGAUGGACGAUGACGAAUGGAUUGAUCCGUAUGAUAUGUUGAACUACGAUCCAAGCAUAAAGUCCAUGAGAAAGCCUGCCGAGGUACAGUACAAGCAGCUGUGUAAUGCGUCUUUCCGUGCCAUGACUCAGUGCCAUCAGUUGAAAUAAUUAUAUAGCUUUGUUGUUGUUUUUCUUUGUCAUGUUUCAUAUUACAGUAUAUGAAACCAAAUCAUUAAGUACGAAAAUACAUCAAGCAUUACGAAUACUGUCUUGUGUCGUGAUAUUAAUGUAAUCGGAAAACUAAAUGAAAGUCAUCUUCACAGCAGAGUAAUUACCCAAAUGUUCCAACCAAAAGAAGGGAAUACAUCCAGGACUCAGAUCAAGUGGACUUAACGGAGUGCAACAGCAAAGUGGAAAGGUUAAAAAGAGAGGUUAGUGUUGGAAACGGAUUUUUAACGUCACACAUUUUUUCAAAUGCAUGUUUAUGAAACAGUGGCGAAUAAUUGUGUGAUCAUCUGUCACUUUCCUUAAUUUUUUUUUUUAGAUUGAAGAGUAUAAGAAGAAGAUUACACGGGUUGCACAGCAGCCGUCAUGCAACCCAGUGUUCAAACGAUUCCUCACCAAACUUCUGAAGGAGAUAGAAAAAGUUAGCCUGGUAUGCUGUAAAUCGAUGCACUGAUUCUCUUUAUGUAAAACACUUCCUCACUGUAUCUUAUCCACCUUGUAAAUGUAUGUUACCACCUUGGAAUGUAGUAUGCUGUCUAUAUGCCAAGUGCAUAUACUUUGUUGUACUAUUCUAUACCUUUCCAACCACCAGCCCAGUGAUCUCAAGAACGAUAUCCACUAUGACGCCAAAGUGAGACUGUCUCGGCAAGCGGUGGCGGAGAUCCAGAAGCUUCUGGAGGGAACAGACAGCUGGAGAAUGGGGGCUCUGGACGAUGCCCUCAGCCAGAUCCUGGUGGAUCUCAAACCACAUGACUGCGAGGCCUGGAGAUGGCACUUUGAGGACACCUUUGGUGUGGAGAUUGACACGGUCAUGAAGGUUAGAAUGCGUAGCAUUGCCAGGGUUUUGAUGCUCAAAACUAAAUGGAUUUACCACCACAUGUUUUAUAAUGUGGUUUGCCUAAGGAAUUUAUGAUUAGACGGUUUUGUAAAGUAGGCUACACGGGCAGUGAGGAUGAAAUUCAAAUAACUUUUCUUGUACCGUGAGGAAACGCGUUUUGUCAUUCAUACAUGAACACACGGUUCACACUAGCCUAUACAAAAGCAACAAGACAUAAAAACAAAACUUUAAAUACUGCGCUGGCUGGCCUGUGUGAUCUUUGCUUGAUCUACUCCUUUGACUCGGGUACACACUGACUGAUUGAGAAGCGCAUAAAGCUAAAUGGCACAUUUCCGUGUUCAUCAUCAAUAUAACUAAGCCAAUCUGAUUUAGAGAACAGUCAUUUACACUCAAGACAACAAAAACAAGACAGAACUGAAACCACUCAUUGGCAUUACAGCGCCAGGAAUAUUUCUCAUUGCCAUUAAAAUUAUUUAAAGGACCUUCUCUCUCUUCCAGGUGUCUGUAGUUGUCUUAAUCAUAGUGGUCAUAAUCUGCAGUGAGCUGUGGUCUACAGUCUCCUGGUUUGUCCAGUUCAAGCGAAUCUUUGCCAUCUGCUUUCUCAUCAGUCUGGUCUGGAAUUGGUUCUAUCUCUACAAGGUAAAUUACCAAUAUACACACUUCCAUGCAUUUCGUAACAUUUCCACAUGCUAAUUACCCCCUACUGCCUGUCUGGUGCUCUAUGUUUAGUAGUAAAUUUAAUAUAAUUAUCUGAAAGAAUAGGUGCAAAGGGACAAAGUUCCUUCUUUACUGCCAGAGUGGCCAUUCUGGCAACCUUCAGUGUAGGGUUUAGUUCUUGUUCUCUUAGGCAAAACAUUUAGGCUAAACACUACAACAAUAUUUCAGGUCUCUGCAAAUAAUGUUUUUGGAGGGUUUAUAAGCAAGUAAGGAAGUAGAACUUAGCUAUUUAAGGUAUUUCUUAUAUGCCAUCUCUAUUCUUUAAAACUCAAAGCCAACUACAUUAAGGAAUAUCACCAAGGAAUGUCUUGAGAAAAACUAAGUCUUACCAGGAGAGCUAGACUAUGACAGGUAAUGUUUUGUGUGGGAUUGGGAGAUAGAUGAGGGAUAAAAGCAGUAAUAGUACUGGGGUUCUAACUGUGUGCGUGUGGUCCCGGGGUUGGCAGCACUACCGCUAGACCAGCCUCAAGCAAACAAAUGACACAAUGUUAAUUCACCAUAUCUGUUAUUGGAUUUUCUCAACCUGUCAGAUUGCCUUUGCCGAGCAUCAAAACAAAAUGGUGAAGAUGGAGGGCAUCGAUGCAAAAUGCACAGGGAGGAAGAAAAUCGACUGGUGGGAUAACUUGAAGGGUGAGGUAAUGGAAAAAUAACACCUUAGCUUGGCAUCACAUAUCUUUCUACAGGGGUAUCAGAUUUUCCUCAUCUCAAAAAUAUGUGAAAGUACUUUUAAUUGAAUGCGUCAUUCUUUCAUAAUCAUUGGUGCAUGAUGAUACAAUAAAAUAUACACAAUACUUCUCACUCCUCUUUUCUGGCAAAUAAUGUAAUGCCGUUACAUGGGCUUUCACAUUUUGACAGUUUUGUUGCAGUAAGUUUACUGUAGAAUGCACAUCGGUUUAUGUUGUCGUGAAGCCUUCUGUUGUGUACUCCUCCCUGCCUGUACCCCAGAUUGGUACAGAGGUGCCAUGACUCUCCAAGACGAUCCCUGUAGGAUGUACUACGAAGUCCUCAUGGUCAACCCCAUCCUUCUCGUACCACCAACUAAGGUAACCUAUUUUUGGCGACCAGGGAAAGUCAAUUUCCAUUCAGUCAAUUCAGGAAGGAAACUGACAAUCCACUUCCAGUUUUCAGUCUAUUUCCGGAAAUGACUGCAUUGAAAUGGAAUUGACCCCAACCCUGUUGACAGCUAACCUAUUCUACAGGCCAGGACCGAAAGAUAGUCACCCGUACCUUACUCUUGCCACUUAACACAACUAUUUGAGUAACCCCAAAUGUAAAUGUACAUAUUGCGAUGUUUUUCACUUGUAUUCAAACAAAACAUAUAUACUGUCUAUUUAACAAUGCAAUAUCAAUCUAAUCCAGUGUCUAUGAUUGCCCUGUGGGUAUUAUGAAAAACUUGAAAUGAAAUUGACUCCAACCCUGUUUACGACUAAACUGUGUAACAUUUAGCCUUUUUCCUGGACCUGUAGGAUGCAGUGUGAUAAUGUAUUAUCUCUCUGUCUCUGAAGGCUAUCACUAUGACCAUCACCACCUUCUUCACAGAGCCUCUGAAGCUCUUUGGCCAGGUGAUCAGCGAGUUCCUACGAGCCCUCCUCAAGGACCUACCGGUCACCCUGCAAAUUCCUGUGCUCCUCACCAUCGUGCUCUCCAUCCUGGUAAGGACACACCGACACACACAAAGAAAACCACAAUAAAAUAAACACACUGUCACAAGGUCUAGGUUCAAUUCCAUUUAAAUUCUGUCAAUUCAGGAAGCAAAUUGGUGUUAAAUUAUUUCUGAAAAUAAAUGUCCUUUUUCAAUUCUUGAACGAGAAUGUAGAUUUACUUCCUGUACUGAAAUGGAAUUGACCCCAACCCUGACUGACACAGCAGUCAUACUAACUGUUUCCGUAGCCAGUUUCCUGCCUGUCCCUGAAGCAGUAAAUAUAUUCCUCAUCUUCCUCAGGUCUUUGUGUACAGCAUCGCCCAGGCCGCCAUCCAGCAUGGCAUCAUCAGACUGCUGCGUGUCGGAGUGCCCAGGGACCCCCCAGCCUUGGACCAGCCCGAGCCCCAAGCCUGUCUGAGAGGGACAGACCACAACCCACUGGCAGGGGGGGAUGCCCCUCAACGCUCCCCUCCCCCGCUCAGAAGCCGACUAGGACCAGCAGCCAACCAGCGGGCUCAGGACCUGGACAGGACCUACAUCCAACGGAGGAGCCCCCAACACAGGGCGCGGGAGGAGCCGACCAGGGUGUAUGUGGACACCCUGAGGAACGCCGACCGGCGGUACAGCAAGGAUGAGAUCGUCUCGGAGUGGAGGGAGUGUUUCCCCGACGGAGAGUGGCCGGAGGGUGGCUCCGACGCAGAGGAUACCAACCCUCUAACGGUAGAUGAUAAUACCGACAUCCAGGAAGAGGAACUGCAAGAACCAGUUGUAGCUGGAGCCACAACUGACGGCAAUGACUCACAAGAAGCUAAGCCCUCUCCAGCUAAAGCCAAAUCAAAUAAGGGGGACGUUGCAUCUGAAUCUAAGGGGGCAGCUGACAGCCAGGCUGAACAGCAAGCCGAGGUAGCCCUCACCAACUACACAAGGGAAUAAUGUAAGUGGUUUGUGUUGACCUCGACUGUGUUAUAAUUUAUUGGAUUUAUAUAGCCCUUUUCUACCAACUGAGGUACUCA